AUUCUGUCAGGACUCCUUGGAGCAAUUUCAUGGAGUUUGAUGGCAACAAUUGUGGAUGACAAGUACAGUGCAGCGCUCUCUAUUAUUCUUGGAUCUCUUGCAGUUGCCUUCUCUGAUGUUGUAAGUGAGCAGAAAAAGUGGUUGAUUCUAUGGUUGUUGAGAGAGCUCGGGGUGAGUCACAGAGCACAUCUGGAUCUCUCCAGUCACUGUGUUGGGGAUCUUCAGCCUUUGGGGCAAUUGUGAGCGCAUACUUCAGUGGUUCUCUUGUGGAUACUUAUGGUGUAAGAUUUGUCUUUGGUGUUACAGCAUUUUUACCCCUGAUGACAUCUGCUGUUGCAGUUCUUGUAAAUGAAAAGCGUUUGCCUACUGAGGAACGUUCCAUCUCACUUUCAAGUUCAAGGUUGAUUGAAAGCUCUAAGCAGCAGAUCAGGCAGAUUUGGACUGCUGUAAAGCAACCGAACAUUUUCUUGCCUACUUUGUUCAUAUUCCUUUGGCAAGCGACACCACAGUCGGAUUCUGCCAUGUUUUAUUUCGUCACAAACAAGAUUGGAUUCACUCCAGAGUUUCUAGGGCGUGUCACACUCGUUACAUCUGUUGCAUCCUUGCUGGGCGUCGGAAUAUAUAAUUCGUUCCUGAAGGCAGUUCCACUAAGAAAAAUCUUUCUUGUGACAACAAUUUUAGGUUCUGCCCUUGGAAUGACACAGGUUCUUCUUGUCACUGGGCUCAAUAGGAAGCUGGGGAUAAGUGAUGAAUGGUUCUCCAUUGGGGAUUCCUUGAUUCUCACAGUCCUUGGUCAGGCUUCGUUCAUGCCCGUGUUGGUGUUGGCCGCGAGAUUGUGUCCUCUGGGAGUGGAAGCGACAUUGUUUGCCACACUGAUGUCCAUUUCCAACGCGGGAAGUGUUGCCGGCGGUCUGGUGGGCGCGGGCCUAACUCAGUUUCUAGGAGUCACCAAGGACAACUUUGAAAAUCUGGCUCUGCUGAUCGUCAUCUGCAACCUCAGCUCUCUGCUGCCUCUGCCUCUCCUGGGUCUCCUUCCAGAUGGAUCACCGGAUGCCGAUAAUGGGCAAACAAAAGUCGAUUGAAAUAUUUUGAGCUUCUCUUAGGGAUUAUAGACUCAGAGAUAGUCAGAUCCUGGCGUGAACUCGAUCACCAGGGCGAGACGGGAUGAGAACUGCAGAGAUGUCAGAUCCUGGCGUGAACUCGAUCACCAGGGCAGACGAGAUGACAACUGCAGCUAACUUUGGGCAUUUGCUGGCGUGGUGCACGGUUGAUUGUUGAGAAGAGCGCACCCCCAGCAGAAGGUGAAGUUCUAGAUGACCGCACACCACGCUGCUCUUACCUGUAAUAAAACUCCGCACCAUCGCAGUCAAGAUUCAUGGUAAUCUACAUGCAAAUUUGAUGAUGUUAGCUCGGCUGGGAAGAAGAUGUGUCGUCUUGCAUCACCGUUGAUUCUCUGACAUCUUUCUUAGGUAAAUUAAACGCGGUAGAUGAACGCGAAGACUGGCUGCACCAAUGACUGCAUGUAUAUACUACAUUAUCUCACUUUGCUAUGCAUGUAUAUACAGAUAUCCUUUCUUAAAGAAAGGAAACAAAUGUGGAAUGUGGAGCGAGUUUCGUACUGCUACAUAUUGCAGUCGAUGCCAAAACCGACUGUGUAAGGGGUUAUCCCAGGUAGCUUUUGUUGGGACGGACCGUAAAAAAUAUGAGCCGAUUGUGAGUGUGGCACCAUCGUGGGCGGUUUA